AGGGCGGGCCUGGCUCACGUGGGCCUGUAGGCGGGCCCACACCAAGUUUCACUUCCCGCCACUGCUGCCAGCGAGAACCGUGGGGAGAGUGUGCAGCCAAGUCACUACUGCCUGCCUGCCUGCCUGCUAGGGCUCAGCGACAGGUCCUACCCAACCAUGGGCUCGCAGGCCCUGCCCCCGGGGCCCAUGCAGACCCUCAUCUUUUUCGACAUGGAGGCCACUGGCUUGCCCUUCUCCCAGCCCAAGGUCACGGAGCUGUGCCUGCUGGCUGUCCACAGAUGUGCCCUGGAGAGCCCCCCCACCUCUCAGGGCCCACCUCCCACAGUUCCUCCACCACCGCGUGUGGUGGACAAGCUCUCCCUGUGCGUGGCCCCGGGAAAAGCCUGUAGCCCUGCAGCCAGCGAGAUCACAGGUCUGAGCACAGCUGUGCUGGCAGCGCAUGGGCGUCAGUGUUUCGAUGACAACCUGGCCAACCUGCUCCUAGCCUUCCUGCGGCGCCAGCCACAGCCCUGGUGCCUGGUGGCACACAAUGGUGACCGCUAUGACUUCCCCCUGCUCCAAGCAGAGCUGGCUAUGCUGGGCCUCACGAGUGCUCUGGAUGGUGCCUUCUGUGUGGAUAGCAUCACUGCGCUGAAGGCCGUGGAGCGAGCAGGCAGCCCCUCAGAACACGGCCCAAGGAAGAGCUACAGCCUAGGCAGCAUCUACACACGCCUGUAUGGGCAGUCCCCUCCGGACUCGCACACGGCUGAGGGUGAUGUCCUGGCCCUGCUCAGCAUCUGUCAGUGGAGACCACAGGCCCUGCUGCGGUGGGUGGAUGCUCACGCCAGGCCCUUCAGCACCAUCAGGCCCAUGUAUGGGGUCACAGCCUCUGCUGGGACCAAGCCAAGACCAUCUGCUGUCACAGCCACUGCACACCUGGCCACAACCAGGAACACUAGUCCCAGCCUUGGAGAGAGAAGGCGACCCAAGGAUCUUCCUCCAGGGAAGGACCCUGGAGCCCUACCCAGGGAGGGGCUACUGGCACCACUGGGUCUACUGGCCGUCCUGACCUUGGCAGUGGCCACACUGUAUGGGCUAUCCCUGGCUGCACCUGGGGAGUAGGCCAAGAAGGAGAAUCUGAUGAAUAAAGACCCCCCCUCCUCCAGCA